AUGAAAGUUGACUUGGAUCGUCUAAAUGAACUAUGCAAAGUGAGAUUUGAAAGGGAGUACACGACAUACGGAGAAUACUUUGGAUCAAUCAUGCACCUUACUAAGGAGGAAGGGCUUAGAGAGAUGUUUUUCAAGUACAUAAAGGGUACGCUUUCUGAGGAGGAGGUUCUGAGUCGUAUGGGCCAGAGCAGCCCAAAUGAUUUGAAGCAUUUCAGCAAGAUCUAUGAAUAUGAGAAAGGCUUUUGCAAAAAGAAAGCAGCAUUGGUGUUGAAAAGAAGAUACAUGGAGGAGAGCGAUUAUGAUAGAGAUGCGGUUUUCCAGUGCAUAAGAAGGCUAUCUAACUGGCUUGACUUUGGGUUUGUGAAGGAUAUAUGUAAUGAUGAAUACCUGGGAUUGAUCAUCGGAGAGUAUGCACGGAAGCAUGAACUUGACGAGUCCUUCCUAGAUGAGAUUGCGAACUUUCUACCAUCUGUGUUUUUUGGAUACACACGACUGAACAACCUUCUGCUUGAUUCCUUUGAGAAGUCAUUUGAGAGAGUGAUAGGGAGGAAUCUGGAGAUUCUUCAUGUUGUUGACUACCUAGACAGAAGGGUUGUUGAGGCUAUUUCCAGGAGUAGAUUGAAGAAGGAUAUCUUUGAAUAUCUGGUUUCCAAUGAGUUGAUUGAAGAAGAUGUGCUAUUAAUGAUGAUAGGUGCUGUUGGAAGCAUUGAUACGGAGGUGUUCUUGAGUGAUGGGGUCAUUGGAAAGCUUUGCUCGGAAAGCAUUGUGAAAUAUCUUGAUUCUGUUGGAGUAGAGAAAGUUGUUGAGAUUGCAAUAGCAGGAUGUAGAUGUAAAAAGCUAUAUGGGGCCCUUCCAUCAGUCCUAGAGAAGAGAAUCGAAGGGUUUAUGAAGGAACCAAGGAUUGUUGAUGUCUUGCUUGUCAUGGUUUACUAUGACUCUGGAAUAAGGUUUGGAAGCUUUCUCUCGAUUCUAAAGCCGUCUCUAGAAAGAGAAUUUCUAGUUAGUAGGGAAGAAGAAAAAAGAAAAGUUGUUGUUGAUGUUAACAAGGACACCGGGGAGAUCAGAGAGAUUGGGGUUGAUGUGGAGACCACGGGGGUUUUUUCCAGUGAGGGAGGAGAGUUUAGAUUUGUUGGAAAAGGAAAGGCUGAGGAGAAGGAUGUUGCAGAAUAUUUAAGAGAGAUAUGCACGGAUUCUGGGGAUUUUCUUACAAAUGUUAGAAGGAAGUUAGGAUUUGCAUGUUUUCUUGAGGGACCUACAAAGCCCACCUUUGAUCAGUUGGUGAUGCUUCCAGGGUACUACUUUGCGGAGUCACUCAAACGGUAUUGUAAUGAGUUUCUAGGUUUGCUGUACCAGUUCAAUGAAAUAGUGGUUCCAAGAAGCCGAAGAAGAGACCUUAUAGCAAGAACCAUUGUAGCUAAUGGAUAUAAGGAGCUCUUUGUUAGAUAUCUCGUAAAAAGAGAUAGAUACUUUAGAAUUGAGAUUGACCUUGAUGUAUGGCUUGAGAAGAUGACAAGCGAGUACAAGGCCAAGUAUUUUCAAGACUAUCCGAUGGCGAUAAUAGGAAGAGAAGAAAAGGUAGUUGAGUCUCUGAAAGAUGAUAUUCAGAUGUUACUUCCUAUUGUUGUAAAGCUGGAGAGCAAAAAAGUGCCAAGAGAAGUAAUCGAUAAGAUUAGAAAGCAUAUCUCUAUGAAGGAAGGUUUUUACAGGAAAGAAGGUGAAGUCAAACGCCAUGGUCAAGGCCGAGAUGAUGCAAUAAAAAAAGAAGAGACUAAUAAAUGGAAUGAAUCCAUGAGAAUAGAUACCACUAAGAAAGGACCAGGUGAAUGGAAACCUCCCGAAAAAAGGGUCAAGACGGAAAGCUGUCCUAGCGAGGACAAUAUUUAUGAUGAUUGGUAUCCUAUUGAGAAGGUUGACCAUGUUUCUUUCAGGAAGAGGGUAGGGUUUAUAUGCAAUGAGAUAAACAAAAGGAUUUCAGGCGGGAAUGGGCUUCAUAGAGCAGGCCUGGUUACUUCUAUGGUGGUAAGAGAUGUGGAGAUGGCCAGGAAGGUUCUAUCUGUUUUGCAAGGGGUAAAUAGGUUUGGAAAGGAGUUUGUCAAUUUCAUUGAGUUUUUCACAUUUUUUCUUUCAUACUGCAAGAUGGAAGUGAGCAUAGAUGCAACAACCCUUAAGACUCUGAGGAGAUAUAUCUCUGAAGAGGACAAUGAUUCUGUUCUGUAUUUUGUGUUUGUGAAGGUCAAGUUGGAGGAGAUGGAGACGUUAUUUUCUUCAUUCAAGGAAAAGAGCUUUGAUGUUGUCUACAAGGCUUUGGUGGACAGAAUCCGAGGAGUCAAGGAAGGAACGACAAAAAACACAAGGAAUGGAUGCACAGCCAUUAAAGUUGGGAUACCACAACCCGUGAUAAAAAGAAAGAAAGGCAAGGGGACCGAGAUCAAUACUGUCGAAAUCUGGAAUAGUGGAGACCAAGAGGAAAGGAUCAGAAAUGUCAUUGGACUGUUUCUAUCCUCUGAUGACGAGUGUAUGCAUUACAUUGGAUUGGAGGGCUUGAAUGUGUUAGACUUAGAGGUGAGUGUAGAAAGAUUCCUUGACUCGAGAAGUGACAGAGUUGUUGAGGCAGCAUUGAAGGUUGUUAUAAAGAGGCCUAUUACCCCGGCUAUCAAUUCAAAAUUUAUGGAGAUAUUGUAUAGAAGAGGGAGGCUGGAUAAUCUUGGAAAGAUGUGCCUUAGGGCCGUAAACAUAGAUAUUCUAGAAAAGGAGGAUGUGGACAGGAUCUAUGAGAUGUUCUUUAUUGACCCAGGAAGCUAUUUGGAGGUUCUCCCGAGAAUAAUAGAGAGGGGGUAUGAACCGACAGAAGAGAUAAUAAUGGAACUCAUAGGAUUGGUGGGGCAAUCUCAAUGUGAUGAUACGAUAGGGAAUGCUAUGAAAGUCCUGAAGAGUACUGAGUACACAGAGGAAAUGGUCUUUAAAAGCAUCCUAGUUCUUGAGAAUGCCAAAUUUGCCCCAAAGAUGUUCCUGAUAGAAAAAAUAUGUAGGUCUUCAUGCAAUCUUAACACCCGAAGCUUUCUCAAGUUGUGUGUGUGCAUAGGCAAUGAGGAGAACUAUGACGCUCUUAAAGGAUUGCUAGAAAUACUGAGAAAAAAGGGAAUCAAUGCCGAUAUUGUUGAGAAAUGGAAGGAGAGCAAGUCACUAAAUAGAUUGAUGGUUCGGAUCUAUCCUCUAUCCAUGAAGGAUAAACCAUAUUACAAAAGGAUUCUGGAUGAAGCCAAGAAGGAUGCAUACGAAUGGAAUUUUAUCAAUGAAUUCUAUAGAAAUGAACUUAAGGUUGCACAGUUUAUCUAUGCUCAACCUUAG